CCGGCUGUCAACCUUGAUGUACACCAUAAAUAAAUAAAUAAAUCUAUAUUUUCUCCAUUUUCUCGCAAUAUUUAACUUGAAACCCAUCGAAAAAAGUAAGUCCACUUAUAACACCUAGUCAUAAACGCAUAAAUCAAAAAUCCAGAGCGUCAUGUCACAAGCAAGUGAAAAAUCAGAGUUCAAAACUGCGACAAACGAGACGAGUCAAUUGCAAUAUUUCAACAAUCUGGCGAGUGGAUCCUUUGGAUUGGUCAAAAAAGCGUAUCAUAAAUCAGAGGACGCCGUCAAAUAUGUCGUUCGUGAAACAAACGUAAUGCAGCAUUCUGCUCCUAUCAUUGACGUCACCAAAAAGGCUUACAAUGCAGUCAAAGACAAUGCACCUUCCAUCCCAAUGAAAGGAGCAGCGCUUGGUUUCACUACAGCCGCAAUAGGGUCAGCUGCUACGAUGAACAUGAUGGUGACGUCUGCAGCGAGCAAUGUUGGAAGCAAACUUGUACGGGCAUCAUGCAUCCGUAACUCUCUUUGGCUUUUCAACAAGCUGGGCUUGCCUAAUGCGAUGAGGGCAGGUGCCGUUUCCGCUGGAGUACACGCCAAUAAUUAUAUUAUAUCAGGUUUGAUUCCUGGUCUGUUCACCGCGUGGGCGGUCUACGAUGGAUACCGAUUGGCGAGGUUUGCUUACAAUAAGUACCAAGAGCAUCAGUGUGUUGAGACUGAUCCUUCAAACACUGCCGUUCAUAUGGCAUCUAAUCUUUAAAACAUGGCUCUGGUCAUUGUGUCCGCUUACAAUACUCUAAUAUGCAUGGCCGCAUGGGCCUCAGAUUUCGCAUAUUGUACGGAAAAUCUUAAAUGGAUUUAUAAUAGUGUUGUUUGUGGAACACUUCAUACUUCAUCCUAAUAAUAUUGGAAACUAAUGUUUCACCCUAUACUUUAUUAAAUGAAAAUAAAUGGAUUUAUGAAAAUGAAUAAAUAUUAUUUGGAUAAGAAAA